AUGGCUCUGUAUGCUUUCUACGCAGUUUGUGGUUUGUUGCUAGGAGUGGCAAUAGCAUUCGGCCCAGUACCAAGGAUCACUUGGGAGCACAAAGAGGUCCACCUAAUACAUUUUAAUGAAUCAAAAGUGUCAAACUAUUCAACCUUGCUGUUAAGUGAAGACAAAAAUGUUUUGUAUGUCGGAGCCAGGGAAGUGAUCUUUGCCUUAAACGCAGUGAAUAUUGCUGAGAAGCAGCACGAGUUACAUUGGAAGGUCACAGAAGAUAAAAGGACUAAAUGUGCAGUCAAGGGCAAAUCAGAACAGACAGAAUGUCGUAAUUACGUGCGUGUCUUGCAGCAGCUGAAUGAUACUUUCCUCUACGUGUGUGGAACUAAUGCAUUUCAGCCAACAUGUGAUUACCUGAAUUUAAUUUCAUUUGAACUUGGAGGUAAAAAUGAAGAUGGUAAGGGCAGAUGUCCAUUUGAUCCUGCCCAAAGCUACACAUCGGUUAUGGUUGAUGAGGAGCUUUAUUCUGGGACUUCCUACAAUUUCUUGGGAAGUGAACCUAUUAUUUCACGUCACUCUCAUCAGAGCCCUCUGAGAACAGAGUAUGCAAUACCUUGGCUUAAUGAGCCCAACUUUGUUUUUGCUGAUGUGAUACGAGCAGAUCCAAACAGCACAGAUGGAGAAGAUGACAAGAUAUACUUCUUUUUCACUGAGGUGUCGGUGGAGUAUGAAUUUGUUGGAAAAUUGAUGAUUCCAAGAAUAGCUAGAGUAUGCAAGAGGGACCAAGGAGGAUUAAGGACCUUGCAGAAAAAAUGGACUUCGUUUCUCAAGGCCAGACUGAUUUGUACCAUCCCUGAUAAGAAUUUAAUUUUCAAUGUUAUCAAUGAUGUUUUUAUUCUCAAAUCUCCGACUUUGAAGGAACCAGUGAUAUAUGGAGUCUUCACCCCACAGCUGAAUAAUGUGGGGCUGUCAGCUGUGUGUGCAUACAAUCUGUCUACUGUAGAAGAGGUUUUCUCAAAAGGAAAAUACAUGCAGAGUGCUACAGUGGAACAGUCACAUACAAAGUGGGUCCGAUACAAUGGGGAAAUUCCUAAUCCUCGACCUGGUGCGUGUAUAAACAAUGAAGCCAGAGCAUCAAACUACAUGAGUUCUCUGAAUUUACCAGACAAAACAUUGCAGUUUGUUAAAGAUCAUCCUCUAAUGGAUGACUCAGUGACCCCAGUGGGAGACAGACCUCGGCUAGUGAAGCGAGAUGUGAAGUAUACACAGAUUGUAGUUGACAGAGUCAGAGCACUUAAUGGCACCAUCUAUGAUGUUAUGUUCAUCGGUACAGAUCGAGGAGCCCUGCACAAAGCUAUCAGUUAUGAAAACGGAAUGCAUAUUAUUGAAGAAACACAGCUUUUCCCAAAUUUUGAACCAGUCCAAACUCUCUUGCUUUCAUCCAAAAUAGGCAGAAGAUACCUCUUUGCUGGUUCAAAUUCUGGUGUGGUGCAGUCUCCUGUGGCAUUCUGUGACAAGUACACCACUUGUGUUGACUGUGUUUUAGCAAGGGAUCCUUACUGUGCUUGGAAACCUCUUGAAGCUUCCUGCAUAGAUAUUUUCAAAGAAGGUGAAAUAGAAAGGAAUUGGAUUCAAAACAUAGGUGGAGAUGCAUCUUCUUGUUCUGAUAAAGUAAGAGAGAAUCCCCUACAGCAUACAUUCAAGCAUGGGAGCACAGCAGAACUCAAGUGUUCUCAAAAGUCCAAUCUGGCACAGGUAGUUUGGAAGUUCAAAGAUGAUGUGCUGAGAGUGGAGAGUCCCAAGUACCGUCUGCUGGAGAAGGCACUGCUCAUCUUCAAUUUAUCAGAAGGAGACAGUGGCGUUUACCAAUGUUUGUCAGAAGAAAAAGUGAAAAAUAAGAAAUUUUCUCAAGUGCUGGCUAAGCAUGUUUUGGAACUGAAAAGAAUGCAGCAUACCACGGUGGGCCCCACUGCCACAGCCACACCAACAGAAGGUAAUAGUGAUGUGCCAAAAGUAUCAGCUGUAGCAACCGAGGGGUCCACUGCUCGCAUCUCGACCACUCACAUGGUACCAGUAACAACAGCAAGGAUACUAACAAAGCCCAUUGGCCCUGUCCUAACAAGUGUAGCCUCCAACACAGAGCUCUUCAAUUCAAUUCCUGAUGCAGUCCCAGAAAAGACAAUGUUCCUCAAGUCAAAUGAUAACUUCCUGUUGAUGUUCCUCUUCCUCUUCUUUUUCAUUCUCUUUUUGUGCCUGCUCUCCUACAACUGUUACAAAGGCUACUUGCCAGGGCAAUGCUUGAAAUUUCGCUCUGUGAUGUUGCUUGGUAAGAAGAAAACAAAGUCAGAUUUUUCUGAUUGUGAGCAAAGUGUGAAAGAGACGCUGGUGGAGCAGGGCAGCGUCAGCCACCAGAGCGGGGAGCAGCCCAAGCCCGCGCACGACACCGGCUACGAGACGGAGCCCGACUGCGGGAACAGCCAGCUGCAGGCUGGGGAUUCACAGGCCUCCCGUGAGGCCAAGGACAAGCCCUUCGAUGUCAAGUGUGAGCUCAAGUACGCCGACUCGGACGUGGAGGGGGACUGA